AUGUACUCUUCCUCUCUCAGCCCGCCAGCUCCCACCCCGAGCGCCUUCCUCCAGUCUCCCAACGCCAUCCCCAAGAGAACCUCUUCCACCGGCCAGAACUCAAUAGCCACCGCGACCUCAAACACCGCCUCCUCCUCCCAGCAGCACGCCUCUUCUUCUUCUUCUUCACAUCACCACUCCCACCACCAGAGCCAGCCCUCGUACUCGUCCUCAACAACCAACGCCAAGCCCAUCGGCGUCCUUCGACCCCUCCCCGAGAGCGACUGGCUCAGCCAGACCACCCGCCGCUCCCGCAAGCCCUCCAACGCCACGACCCCUACCCCGAGCUCCUUCCUCGCCAACAUGCAGCCGCCCGGCCCUCCGGACCCCAACCGCUACGCCACCGAGGACCUCAACUUCUCGGCCAAGAAGACGUGGUCCGAGGACAAGGAGCGCGUGCUCUGCGGGCCCUUCGACUACCUCUACGGCCAGAAGGGCAAGGAGUUCCGCACCCAGCUCAUCAGCGCCUUCAACGUCUGGCUCGACGUCCCCGACGAGUCCCUGCAGGUCAUCACCCGCGUCAUCGGCAUGCUGCACACGGCCUCGCUGCUGGUCGACGACGUCGAGGACUUCUCGUCGCUGCGCCGCGGCCUGCCCGUCGCCCACGCCAUCUUCGGCGUGCCCCAGACCAUCAACAGCGCCAACUACAUCUACUUUUUGGCCCUGCAGGAGCUGCAGCGCCUGCGCAACCAGAAGGUCCUGUCCAUCUUUGCCGAGGAGCUGCUCAACCUGCACCGCGGCCAGGGCAUGGACCUGUACUGGCGCGACAGCCUGACCUGCCCCACCGAGGACGACUACCUCGAGAUGGUCGGCAACAAGACGGGCGGCCUCUUCCGCCUCGGCAUCAAGCUGAUGCAGGCCGAGAGCCGCUCCCUCGUCGACUGCGUGCCCCUGGCCAACCUGAUCGGCCUCGUCUUCCAGAUCCAGGACGACUACCGCAACCUGUUCUCCAAGGAGUACAGCGACAACAAGGGCAUGUGCGAGGACCUGACCGAGGGCAAGUUCUCCUUCCCCGUCAUCCACAGCAUCCGCACCGACCCGGCCAACCUGCAGCUGCUCAACAUCCUCAAGCAAAAGACGACCGACGAGGAGGUCAAGCGCUACGCCGUCAGCUACAUGGAGGGCACCGGCAGCUUCGAGUACACGCGCCGCGUGCUCGACGUGCUGAUCGCCCGCGCCCGCAAGAUGACGGAGGAGAUUGACGACGGCAAGGGGCUGGGCAAGGGCAUUCACAAGAUCUUGGAUAAAAUGGUUGUCGAAUGA